AUGCGGGGCGUCAAAAGUCUUGCCCUGGCCAUCAUCCUCCUUCCCUUCUAUGGAGUGAUGGCCCUACCUGUUGCACCCUCCAGCGGGAGCCUGGAUGCCGUCGAUGGCGACGUCCAACCAGUGGCCCGGGACACACAGGCAUCGGCCGACACAGCCGGGAUAGCCAACACAGCCGGAGCUGAAAACAUAAACGAAGCUGAAAGGCGCAAGAAAGGUGGUGGUGGUGGCGGUGGAGGAGGAGGAGGAGGCGGCGGCGGCGGUGGUGCUGGCAGUGGAUUCUUAGAAAUCGGCAAGGAUGGCCUCAAGAUCGGAGGGUCCGGUUUUGGCUUCGGUGGUGGUGGCGGUGGUGGUGGACGCAACGGUGGUGGAGGAGGUGGUGGACUUGGCAGCGGCAGUGGCGGCGGUGCUGCCACUGGAGGAGGCUACCCGACUGGCAAGCCUGCUGGAGGAGGUUACCAGCCUAGCAUGCCUGCUGGAGGAGGUUAUCAGCCUAGCACACCUGCUGGAGGAGGCUACCCGCCUAGCAUGCCUGCUGGCAUGCCUUCUGGCUUCCCUGACCUUAUUUCGAGAUCUUAA